GUCUUGUGAUAAUCCACUUUUAAGCUUGUUUUUUUUUUCUUUCAGUACCUAUUAAAAUACUGUGUUUGAAGUAAGCAGCAAUGUAUUGUUUACAUAGAGCUCAAUGCACUUCUGUGUUGGUCAGUGAAGCCUACAGGAUUGGAGGAUGUGCUGUAAGGAAUGGAACAGAUAUUCAUUCAUAUUGUACUGCACUGCACAUGAAGAAGCAGGCUGAGCCUAAAAGUUUAGAGAGUUCUGCAGGCAAUGCAAAGCCUGCCAAAGCACAAUUCAGCAACAAUAAAUCACAAAUGAAACUGGCAAGAUUUUCUCCAUAUCGCAAAAAUGCCUCAUUGAAAAAUAUUAAGGCUCAACUUGAUUCAAAAGCUUUAUCUAUCUCCCCUAUAAUACAUUAUUUACAUUCUGACUAUCUAUUAUACAAUUCCUACAUUAAUGAAAAAGUAGGAUCUUUGUCCUAUAACUGCCGAAGAAAAUUAAUUCAAAAGUUUUAUAAACUGUACUCGAAGCAACUGUCUGAGACAUCAGCCCCACUAAUUGUUCAAAUGCAUAGCCAAUCAUCACCCAUGAAUGAACUAAGUUCUCUUCCAGUUAUAGAAAGAUCCAUAACACAGAGUAAUUUUCCACUAUCUCAAUACAUGGAAGUUGAAUGCUCUGAAGUGAAAGAAAACCCCUUAGACAACAAUGACCUCCCAACCAUUAGCACUACAACAGACAUGGCUAUGCGUAUGGAAGACUACAAUUAUGGAGACAUUCCAGCUGUAAGCCUGAAAUCUCAGCCAGAAACACACUUGGGUACUGAGAUCCGUCAUGCAAUGUCCAUGGAACGUGUGGUGCGCGUGUUUGGCAAUGCAUAUUAUGAAGAUCCAAGUGCUGCUGAGCAGGAGAUGUGGCAGCAGCUUGGUACUUCUGACCCCAAAAUCCCUGCUACAUCUGUUCCUUGUGGGGGCUGUGGAGCUCUUUUCCACUGCCAUGACCCUUCCAUCCCAGGAUACAAACCACGCGAGAUGAUUGUUGGAGUGCCAAAAGCCGUGCUGUCCUCAACAGUUUGUGCUCGCUGUUACUUCCUGACGGUGCACAACACUGCUCUGCAGGUUCGAGUGUCCCCCGAGUCAUACUUGGACAUCCUACGGCCCAUCAGGGACAAGAACUGCUUGGUGCUGUUGCUGGUGGACCUCACUGAUGCUCCCUGCUCCAUCAACCCAAACAUCAUGCAGAUUAUCA